AAGUUUGUGCUUAGUGAUCUUUUAAAACAUGGCCAGAACUAAAGGUAAUGGCAGAACUUUGUCUAGUACUAAGAAAAACAAAGGGAACAUUGCUUCUCUUCGUAAGUACAAGGUAAGUCACAUUUUUUGUACUUUAUCAUAAUUCACAUUUUAUAAUAUUAAACACUCGGGUGGACCGAAAACAAUUAAAGUACCUAAAACGCUGAAUUCUGUAUGAUUAUUAGUUUUUGAGAUACAAAUUAGCAGACUCACCCUGAAUACUUAAUAAUAAAUAAUAAUAAAAUGAAAUUUAAAAAAUAGACACAACGUGAUUUUUCAUUUUUGAACUUGUUUUUAGAAUUUGCAAAAUCGGUUGAAUGCGGAGGAAACACCACCACCUAAUACGCCUGAAAGUGUCCCUUCAUUGGAAAUUGCUUCUAAUGACCCAUCAACAUCAAAAGAUUUAAAAAAUGUUACUGGCCCAACCGUGUCUCAGUUGUCCCUCAACCCUCAACGCGUUUUGUUAUUGCUGGUCGAAAUAGCAACUUUAAAGUAGACGAAACAAUACAAUUUUGAACACGUAAAUCAAUAAAAUGGAGUGCGCGACUAGAGCGAUGUCAGGUCGAUAGGAUAAAUGGCUGUUCAGGAUUGGCUGGAUGAAAUCAAUAGAGCCGCCAUGGACCAAAUCGCCGAAAACUAUCAACUGAAAUGGCACUCGUUUGGCUCCUAUCUCCACUCCUGCAUCGCAACUUCUCUACAGAACGAGACGUUUGCCGAUGUAGCUCUCGUUACAAUCGACGGCCGCCAAAUAAUGGCCCACCGUUUCGUCCUUUCCGCUUGCAGCCAAUACCUCCACCAAGUCCUCAAAUUACAACCCCGUGUGACCACUGCCCUUCCUUUGAUGAUCAUCCUCCCCCCUGAAAUAAACUAUCGAACUAUGAAAACCCUCAUCCAAUACAUGUACAGUGGAGAAGCCACCGUUUCCAAAGACAUCCUCGAGCCGGUUCUCCGAGGUGGUGAUAUCCUCAAAGUGAAAGGCUUAUGGCGUCCGAAAGAGGACGAGAAUAACGAAAAUCGGCUAGUCAAGGUAUCGCACAAAAGCAAGUCCAACAAGACCGAACAUAAGGAAGCUCAAGCGACAGCGGCAAGUCCCGGUGAUUCGGCACCGAAAGUUCUGAAUUAUACUAUUAAUGUGAUGAAGACGUAUGACGGGCAAAAAGAAGGGGGUAAAGAGAAGCAAAAUCAAGUCAAGAGUGGUGAACAGGAAAAGAAAGAAAAACCUAAACAAAACAACCAGAAUUCGGUGAUCAAAAGUACAGAAGAAGAGAAAAGGACGCAAAAAAACACGGAAUCGGUUGAUAGUGAGAAGACUGAGCAAAGCAACGACUCGCUCCAAUUUCUGGUGAUUAAAGAGGAGCCGAUCGAGUGGAGCGAAGUCAACGAAUCCGAUAUGGAACUAGUGGACGAGAAAGAGGUCUUCAGUACGGAAAUGACCAUCAAACCGGAAAUAUACAUGGAGGAUAGUGAAGAACAAGGCUUGUAUUCACCCCUGACUUGCGAGCUUUGCUCGGAAACUUUCACGCUUCCAGCCGAAUGGGUGCGUCACGUACAGACCCAUACGGACAUGUUGCCGGCAAAGAGGCAAAGGCGAGGCAAAAGCUUACAGGAUGAGGACUCAGACGCGCCUUUUCCUCAACUCCAUUGUGACCUUUGUCAAAAGUACUUCCCCACCCCCGCCGAAUGGGUCCACCACAUCCAGAACACGCAUACCGAAUUUGAAUUGCAUCUGUCGAAUAAAACAGCGCCCAGCAAAGUGAUAAAGACGCCAAAAUCAUUCGGCCCCGCUCAGAAUUGUUGCACGACCUGUUUCAAAAAGUUUCCUUCUCAUGCUUCCUUGUUGAUACAUAAACGCACGCACACCGGCGAGAAACCGUACAUGUGUGAACUGUGUUUUAAAGGGUUUAACGUUAAGAGUAAUCUUUUAAGGCAUUUGAGGACUGUGCAUGACAAGAUUAUCAAUCCGACCGAAGUAGAUGACGGGAUAAAAGAAGAGACGACAGGGGAAUGAGUCUUGAUGCAUUUUAUGUGUACAUAAAUCGGUUCUAUUCUAUAUUCUUAAUAAAAUUUAAUCGACUCAAAUUAGGUGUUUUUUUAAUAAUCGGAGAAAAUGCUGAUACUAAUAAGAAUUGAAUGAUGGGGUUUGCUCAACAACCUAAAGAAGUUUGUAAUUGUAAAUAAAUAAAGCGCAUUCAAAUUAUCGUAAGCUUGCUUUCCCUCUCCAUAAAUCAAAAAUCACUCUUAUAAAAACAGAAUUUUAAAAAUUAGUAAAUUUUUGUUUUUUAAAUUGUAUACGGUAUCACAAAACAAAAAUUUUUCUCAUGUAUCACCACACCUAUCAAAAAAAAAUAACACUUCAUGUUUUCUAAUCACUUACAUUGAUAAAAGUACAAAACAAUACGAGUAGCUCACGUGUAUUACAUAGUUUA